AUGGUGGCCAAGAAGGAAGAAAAGUUCUUCCCACGCAGCGACACCGUCCAAGGUCCGGACAUUUCGAUCGACGAGGCGCUCGAGGGAGCAUGGCAGCACCACUACACCAGUGUCCUGCGUGCUCUGGGCGUCGAAGAUGCCGAACACGGUCUCAACAAGAAGGAGAUCGAGGCGCGACGCCAAGAGUACGGUCCCAACCAGCUCGAGGGCGGCGACGAAAUUAGCAUUUGGACGAUCAUGCUGCACCAAAUUGCUAACGCCAUGACCUUGGUCCUGAUCCUUGCCAUGGGUGUCUCCUUUGGCAUUCAAUCGUGGAUCGAAGGCGGUGUGCUCGCUGGUGUCGUCGGCAUCAACAUCGUCGUCGGCUUUUUCCAGGAGCUCUCGGCUGAGAAGACCAUGAACGCACUUCGCAACCUCGCUUCUCCUACUGCCCGCGUCCUCCGAAACGGUGAUGGCGAGACUAUCUCGGCCAACGAGGUGGUCCCAGGUGAUAUUAUCGAGCUCACUACCGGUGACACUGUCCCCGCUGAUUGCCGACUGAUCGACUCGAUGAAUUUCGAGACCGACGAGGCUCUCCUCACGGGCGAGUCGCUUCCCGUGGCCAAGGACCACAACCAGAUCUACUCUCAAGCCGAGGACAUCGGUGUCGGCGACCGUCUCAACAUGGCCUUCACCUCGUCCACCGUGUCCAAGGGCCGUGCCCGCGGGAUUGUCGUUGGUACCGGCAUGAACACCGAGAUCGGCAAGAUCGCCGACGCCCUCCGAGGAGCUGCCAAGGCACAGAAGAUCCGAGACGUCAAGCGUAACGCCUACGGCAAGGCGCUCCCCCACCACUACGUCCAAGCUGGUGCUCUUACCGUCUGGGACAAGAUCAACAACUUCCUCGGCACCAACAAGGGCACUCCGCUCCAGCGACGUCUUUCGCAGCUCGCCGUGUCGCUCUUCUUCGUCGCUGUGCUUUUUGCGAUCAUCGUCUUCCUCUCCAACAACUGGACCGACAACGAGGUCAUCAUCUACGCGGUCGCCACCGGUGUCUCUAUGAUUCCCGCUUCGCUCACUGCCGUCCUCACCAUCACCAUGGCCAUGGGCAGCAAGGCAAUGGUCAAGAAGAAUGUCAUUGUCCGCAAGCUCGAGUCGCUUGAAGCUCUCGGAUCCAUCAACGACAUUUGCUCCGACAAGACCGGCACCCUCACCCAAGGCAAGAUGGUGGUCCGCAAGGCGUGGGUCCCCGCAUCGGGCACCUACAGCGUUUCCGAGACCAACGAGCCGUUCAACCCCACCCUCGGCGAGGUGUCCGUCAACGAUGUCGAACCUCGCAAUGCCAAGACGACCAACAGCACCGAGAACGACGGCGAGGUCGUCGCGCGCUCCGGCAAGUCCGACAAGGUCAAGGGCAACGAGCACUUCGAAAACUUUAUGAACGUCGCCUCGCUCUGCAACCUCGCCACUGUGUUCAAGGACAAGGAGACGCACGCCUGGACGGCCCACGGCGACCCUACCGAGUGCGCCAUCCAGACCUUUGUCACACGCUUCGCAUGGGGUCGCUUGAAGCUCACCAAGGGCAACGACGCCGACAAGGAGGUGACCGAGAAGGACCGUUCCGCUGCCAAGUGGACGCAGAUUACCGAAUACCCCUUCGACAGCUCGGUCAAGCGCAUGGCGGUCACCUACACCGACAACCAGGCGCGCGAGAGCUACGCCAUGAUGAAGGGUGCUGUCGAGCGCGUACUCGAGUCGUGCACGUCCGCCCAGACCGCUGAUGGCAAGAUCGAUUUCAACGAGGAGUUUGAGAAGCAGGUGUUGGAGAACAUGGAGGCGCUGGCCAGCCAGGGUCUGCGUGUCCUCGCACUCGCUCAUCGUAAGCUCACCGCCGCCGAAGAGGACCUCGACGAGGAGCUCGAGCGCAAGGACGUCGAGUCCAACAUGAUCUUCCUCGGUCUUGUUGGUCUCUACGACCCUCCUCGCCCCGAGACCGCGGGUGCGGUGCGCAAGUGCAAGGAGGCGGGCAUCACGGUCCGCAUGCUCACCGGUGACCAUCCUGGUACCGCCAAGGCCAUCGCUCUCGACGUUGGCAUUGUUCCCCGCAACACGACGCGCUACAGCAAAGCCGAAAUGGACAGCAUGGUCAUGACCGCCUCGCAAUUCGACAAGCUCUCUGAAGCCGAGAUCGAUGCUCUUCCGCAACUUCCCCUCGUCAUCGCCCGUUGCGCCCCCCAGACCAAGGUCCGCAUGAUCGAGGCGCUCCACCGCCGCGGCAAGUUCUGCGCCAUGACCGGUGACGGCGUCAACGACUCCCCUUCGCUCAAGAUGUCCGACGUCGGUAUUGCCAUGGGCAUGAACGGAUCGGACGUUGCCAAGGAUGCUUCGGACAUUGUGCUGGUGGACGACAACUUUGCGUCGAUCGGCAACGCCAUCGAGGAAGGUCGACGAAUGGCCGACAACAUUUCGAAAUUCGUCUGCCACCUGUUGGCACAGAAUGUCGCCCAGGCAUCGGUGCUUCUCAUCGGAUUGGCAUUCAAGGACGAGACUGGACUGUCGGUCUUCCCUCUCUCGCCCGUGGAGAUUCUGUACAUCAUCAUGGUCACCUCUGGUCUUCCCGCUAUGGGUCUGGGCAUGGAGAUAGCCUCCAUGGACGUGAUGCGUCGCAAGCCCCGAUCCAACAAGUGGGGCGUCUUCAGCCCCGAGAUGCUCAUCGACCUCGCCGUCUAUGGUCUCUGGAUGGCCGUCCUCUGCUUGGCCACCUUCACUCUCGUCGAGUUCGGCUUUGGCAACGGCGAGCUGGGCAUCAACUGCAAUUCGGAACACAGCGAUGUGUGCGAUCUCGUCUUCCGCGCCCGCGCCUCGACCUUUGCCGUCAUGACGUGGUUCUCCCUGCUCUUGGCAUGGGAGGUCGUCGAUGUCCGCCGAAGCUUCUUCAACAUGCGCGAGGGAGGCACCUGGUACAACCAGUGGUUCAAGGACACCUGGGGUGCCAACAAGUUUUUGUUCAUCUGCGUCGUCGGUGGCUUCUUCAGCGUUUUCCCCAUCGUCUACAUCCCCGGGCUCAACGACAUCGUCUUCCUCCACACAGGCCUGGGUUACGAAUGGGCGAUCAUCUUCAUCUGCACGGGUCUGUUCGUUGGCGGUAUCGAGCUGUACAAGUGGGGCAAGCGCGUCUACUUCAGGAGGACCGAGGUCGACGCGUCCAAGAUUGUCGACGAGGAGUCGCAGGCCGUGGAGGGCAGCGAGAUGGAGAAGCAGGAGGAUGUUCACAGCAAGAAGAUGACGCCUGCACCGACCCAGUCGACCGAGAAGACGAUCGUAUGA